AUGCCCGCCCAAUUACUACCAGCCUCCGCCGCCGCCUUCGCCCCCCGAUCAGCCUCCGUCAAUGUCGUCCUCGGCUCCAAGGUCGAGUCGUGGCUGACCCUGACGCUCAAGCGCAUCAACCGUGUUAAGCGCCCGCUCAACUCGGUGGCCCAGCACCAGAGAUGCCUCGCCGAGACCCUCGCCAACAAGAAUGCCAUCUGGACGCUCGCUUCCGUCAUGCUGCCCAAGCUCCCCGAGUCCGACAUGCCCACCGACUACGCCGAGAACAUGUUCAGCCACCAGCUCAUCCACAUUGAGGCCUACAUUGUCCACGUCGACAUGGUCCACCGCAACGAGGUCGCCUACAAGCUCACCAUCGACACCAUCGACGCCCUUGUUGAGUACCACAAGGAGAUUCACUGCGUCGACGCCAAGGCGAACUCGACCGACUGGUCUGGAAAGGAACAGCAAUGCAAGAAGCUGCACGACGACUUUGUGCAAGCCAUCAACAAGUUCGUUUUCCGCACCCACGUCACAGCCCUCGAGGGUCUCGAAGAGGAUGGCGCCGGCGAGCUUCUUUGCGGCAAGAGCGACGAGGUCAGGAACAAUCUCAUGAACCUCAUGAAGCCUCUUGUUCCUCCUCCUCCUCGCGUCGUCGAGAACUUCCGCCCGCCGCCUCCCCUGCUGCCCAGCUCUCCCAUGAACCACUUCUGGGCCCCGGCCGUCUCCAUGCCUCCCGUCGACGCCUGGAACGUUCUCCCUUCGAGCCCCAGUGUCGCCUCGUCCGCUGAAGCCACCACCCCGAUCUGGCAGAACAUGCACAUGCAUCAACAAGUCCAUGUGCCUUCUCCUCCCAUGGACUUUAGCCAGCCUCAGGUCACAAAUGCCUUCUUCUUCAGCGGCCCUCAGAUGACUGCGCCCAUGUCUACUGUGCCCCUCCCCAGCAUGUACGCGCCUAACCAGUGCGGAAUGAACGUCUUCAUGGGAAACGCUUUCGACUGGCAACGCUUCCAGGACUUUAGCACCCCCAUUAUGUGA